AUGUCCUCGAUGGACCUGAGAGAACCCUCUCCGUCUGAUGCCUCGGAUGCGCUCUCCGAGUUUCUUUCACGCCAGAAGGAACGGUACCUCGACGCGGUGGCGCGCGGGACGGCGGGGGAGUGGACAGUCGUGAUGGGGAACGAGGCAGGGGAUCUGGACUCGCUCGCCAGCGCGAUCGCCUACGCCUAUUACGCCGGCGUUGUGUCCAAGCAUGCACCUACUAUCCCGCUGGUGCAAACCCCGCGUGAGGACCUGCACCUGCGCGCAGAGAACCUGCACGCCCUCGCCCUUGCGGGCGUUGAUCCCGCUCUCCUCCUCACCAUCUCCGAUUUGCCCUCUUCCUCAUCCUCUUCACCCUUCCCCUCCACGAAAUUCGUGCUGGUUGACCACAAUCGCCUUGCGCCGGCUUUCUCUCAUCCGAGUGCGCGUGUCGUCGCCGUCGUGGAUCAUCACGCGGACGAGGGCCUCUACGCGGACACUGCAGACCCGCGCCUGAUCGAGGUGCCCACAGGCAGCUGCGCAUCUAUCGUCGCACGGCUCCUACAGCACACGGGAAUGCGCAUUCCGCGUGAGCUCGCGACGCUGCUCCUGUGUAGCAUUCUCGUUGACACUGGAGGACUCAAGCCUGGCGGGAAGGCGGAAGACGCGGACCGCGCAGCGGCGGCGUUCCUCGCACCACUAUCGACGCUCUCUCUUACCUGUCAAAAUGAAGCCCUGAUCCAAACCGAGACUCAGAUAACAACUCAAGACGCGUCUUCGGAGGAGCUGCACGCCGUAGCGCCCAUCCAAGCGCUCAACGCGACAUUACAGACCAGAAAAGCGUCCGUCGCGCACCUCGGCACGCGCGACCUCCUCCGGCGCGACUACAAGGAGUACACCUACACGCUCCCCAGAGGAGCGGACGUAUGCGUCGGGCUCGCGUCAGUGCCGGUUGGGCUGCACGCGUGGCUAUCGCGAGAGCCCGGUGGUGCGUUUGGCACGGAGGCCGAGGCGUGGAUGCGCACGCGCGAGCUUGACGUGCUCGGCGUGCUCACGUCGUUCCGCGACGCUGAGUCGGAGCACUCCGGGAAAAGCGGGCGGGGGAAGCAUCGGCGCGAGCAACUGUACGUUGUGCGCGAUAAGGCGCUUGCGGAAACGCUAUUCUCGGGACUCGAGGAGAGCGAGGAGCUGAAGCUCAAGAGGAGAAAGUGGAAGGACUAUGACCUCACCAAGGAGAAGGUUGGUUUCGGGGGAGACGUGGCGGUGCGAGUGUGGAAGCAGAAGAAUGUGGACGCGACGAGGAAGACGACAGCCCCGCUUGUGAAAAGCAUCAUCGAGGGCGAGGGGAGGGGGAAGGGCGCGAGCUUGUAG